UGACUUUAAAAACUUUUGUAAAUACUGUAGUAAAUAAUGAAAUUUGGCACUAUUGUGAUCAUGGUCAUAAGAGUGCACAGUUUCUGUUACAAGACUAAAAUUUGAAUGAGUGCUACUGGUCAUUCUAUUCUGUUAUGUUGUGUACUUUGCGUUUGUUUACGCUUCAUUGUUUAAUUAUUUGUUUGGUUAUGUGUUUUAUUUAUUUAUCAUAAAUUGUAUUUCAUGUUUAAAUUAAAAGCGUUUUGAAUUUUUUUAUUGCUGAAUACGUUUUAAUUGUUAUUAACACUAUAUGAAUUUUUUAAAUAACACCGUUGAUAAUAAUUUUUCAAGUUUAAAACUAUUGCUGUUAUGGAUGGUGUAGAACAUUCACCGGACGUAAAGCAUUGGCAUAAGGCAGAAACUAACAGUGGUGCUAUUUAUUACGUUAACCAUGCUUCACAAAGAACAGCGUGGGAUCAUCCUAAGUACCGGGUGGCCAUGGAGAUGCUAGAGGAGUGCAAUAACAUUAAGUAUGCAGCUUACCGAACUGCAGCCAAGCUCAACAUUGUGCAGAAAACCUUGAGCUUGGACCAUGUACAGUUAUCUACCAUAGCAGGAGUGUUCCACCGUCACCACAUCCAAGUGACAGAGAACAGCCUCGCUUUGGAAUAUUCUGAGCUAGAAGCAAUCCUCAAUGAUAUCUUCUUUGCUGCUUCUAAGGAAACGACUCGGCACCACUUUCAAGUUGAUGUCAGCACUGAAUUAACUCUCCAUUUUUUACUCAGUGUUUUUGACAGAAUGGAGCGUAAACGUGUGCAAGUGCUCAGUGCCAAGAUUGCUCUGGUGUGUUUAUGUGCUGCCAAGCUACAGGACAAGUACCAGUACCUGUUCACCCAGCUGGCCGACCAUAAUAACUGCCUGUCUCGACGCAAGCUACACGCAUUGCUGGACAGUAUGGUGGCUGUUACUGACUACUUGUCUGAGAGCCUUGCGUUCUCUGCAGAUCUCAUCCCGGCCACCGUAGACUCCUGCUUCCAACAGUCUCAUGGGCCUCUGGGUAUCAGUGAGGAUGUAUUCAUGGCUUGGCUCAUGAGGGAACCACAACUUCUGGUCUGGCUCUCUACACUUUACCGGCUAAAGGCUGCAGAAAAAGUGAGCCACGGGGUGAGGUGUGGGGUGUGUCGUACUUAUCCCAUUGUCGGUCUGCGCUACCGCUGCCUCCGUUGCCUGGGCUAUGACCAAUGUCAGUCAUGCUUCUUCCAUGGCCGUCUCAGCAAACGUCACAAACUCAAGCACCCCAUGCAGGAGUACUGUUGGGAGACAACAACUGGCCAAGCUACUGUGGCGUUUUUCAAAGCCAUGGUGAACCGUUUGUGUGGAAACACUUCUCGCCUCCAGUACCUACCUGUCCAACCUGUCAGUUCCAGCACUGAGUGUUUGGCCGGGGACAGCAGUGAGGAGAGCACUCUGGUGUCAUGUACCGACAGCUCCAGCCUCAGUUCCUCUCUAUCGCCUCGUCUCAACCCUCAGCAGGAACUCCACAGCAUAAUUGGCCAGUUGGAGAGGCAACUGCGAGAUCUCCCUGACUCCUCCCAGGGAGAUGACAUGUCAGCCAAACUUCACCAACACAAGCUCUUCUUGGAGACCCAGAUACACAGGCUGAAGCAGCUCAAGCACCAUAUAGAGCCACCGCCUCGUACGUUGGACCGUUUGCAGAGCACUCCACUUACAACUAGACCACAGGUGCGGCACGAGUUGACAGGGCUGAGUCCUAUCUACACGGAGUCUUGGGGGGCCUCGGCUCUAGGUGGGGGUUCUACCCCUGUCACCCCUGCUGAGGGCAGCAGGUUCUCUCAUUGGCUGGACGGCACCCGACGAGGGGCGCCUACCAAUCAACAUCAACCGAUAACUGAGCUUCACACUGAUCUCGACAACAUUCUCGACAGGCUGCAACAGAUGCUUGCAUCUAACUUUUCCCUAGCAGACAGCAAAAGCAGAGAAGGGCUUCAGAAUGGAGUGGCACAUUGAGCUCAAGAAAACCUCAUGAAUAAUUCAAAAUAAAUACUCAAAUCCUCCAUACCAAUCACGUGCAUAUUUCACACAAAAUAACCAAAGAUUGGAAUCUCUGAAGACAGCUCAGUAACCUUUUUACAUAUCAUAGGUUUUAAAGUGAGAUUUUGUACUUAUGUGUUAAGGUAGAAAUAUAAUACUUUUUAAUUUUAGUUGUAAUAUUUAAGUGUUAAAAUAUAUAGGAACAUAUUUAUGAACGCUUAUUCGUUAGGGGAGUACGAUUUAACAGUUUUAGAUUUUUUAAAUCAACAGUUCAUACAUUUUAUUAGCAUGUUUACCUUUUGGAAAUGAACUUGUAAGGUUAAUCCAACUUUCGAGUUUGGGCAGAAUAUUUAUGUAUGAAAGUGUGCAAUAGUACAAUGACUUGUGUAAA